AUCAGAAACCCACCCACUCUAGAAAAGGUGCACAGUAGUGUUAUACACAUUGGAGUGAAACCAAGCACGAGAACCACUUCAAAAAAACUAAACUACAAUUACAUUUAAAGCGUCUUUCUGCAGCCCUCACCCUGCGGACGUACCGUCACUGUAAGCCAGGGGAAAUCAGUCCAGUUUGAACCACCACUGGUGGAUGAUUAGUUAUUAGUUUAGUGGUGGUCUACCACCACGAGGAUUCUCCUUGUUUCAGACUCCCUUGAGGACCUCCACGGUGCUAACCCUGGCUAGCUCACUGUCGGGGAAGGGGGGGGACACGAACAUCUACCCGCGGAGGAUUUAAAACCCGAUCCGUCGACGGCCACCAACUGUUUUUAAUGUGUUCUUGGGAAACAUUGCUCGUACUUUAACUAGGACGGGACCCCGCUCACGACUCUAGGUCGUGUUUACAACACGGCUAAAGGGGGGCUUAGCUCGGGGCUAACAUGAGCCAUGCUACCUGGACUGUUGGACAGUGUUGCCAGAUUGGGCCCAAUCUGGCAACACUGCUGGUGGACCAAAUCCCUGUGGCGCUUCCAACACUUUAUUUAGUCCUAUCCUCUACAUCACAUCGGGCAGUGUGGUUAUAAAAACAUUUCAAAACACAUUUUAAAGGUCUCCCUCUUCCUCCGCGUCCAGAGGAGGUCUCCGUUCUGGUUCGACAACAUAAUUAAAUGGCGGCCCGGUCGAAGUCGUGACAACAACAACGCGCUGCUAGAAACUCACCGACAAUAAUCCAAACGCAGAGAUAGCUAGAUCUAGCUACAAAUUAAACGAGCUAGAUAGCUCUUCUUCUAUGUAUGAUGGGGGUGCGUCUUAAAGUUUAUUCAAACGGACAUCGGCAAGUCAUUUUUUUUUGUUUUUUGCAGCCACCCCGCUGACUCCGUCAUCUCGGCGCUUCCUCCUCCUAGCUGCUCGCUUUCGGAGCAGAAAUGCAUUCUGGGAAAGGGGGGUUCGCCAACCGCGUCAUGUUACGUCAUCACGCAGACGAGGAGACAAGCGCGCGCCAGACACGCAUGCGCGCGCACUCACAGUAGGGCCCGAAACCGGUCACUAUUUCUGAGGUCAUUAAUCACACAACGCCGUAGCCCAACCGUCGACGCCAAAUAUUCUAAACAACUCUUCAAUCUACACUUGAGAAAACCUUUUUGAAAGAACGACCCUAUUUAUUUAUCAAAAUUAAAGUUUCGAAGUCUUCAUUUUCGUCCCGGUCAUGCUGUUGACCACUGAGUGGGCCGUUAAAUAAAGUGCCAACUUUCCAUUCUGAGCGGCACUACGACCCAGGGAGCGCCGCAGCGAGGCGGGCAGCUCUCUCCGUGAGACAAGCAAUAAAAAUAGUCCGCCUGCUUUCAACACCAGCGAGGUCAGGAGGACUCGGGACCAGACCGCCUCUACGGGUGAAACCUUAUCAAUAAUCAAUAACAAUAUCAUUGGAAUGCAAGGAAAAAACGAAAUUAUAAAAAAAUAUAUAUGGGUAUAGAGAUUUGACCUAUAGGGCAGCCAGUGGUCGGCUGUGAUUGGACGCAGUUGUCAGAAUAUUGUAGCAGUGUCCUUGAUGAGCCAGUUGAGGCGUGCAGAGUGAGGGGUUUUGAGGACAUAGGAUACAGACGAUGGCUAGUUCAAAAUGUUUUAAACUGUUGUAAAAUGGAGACUUUAAAAUGGAGAGAUGUAUAUUUAAAGCAAAGGACACAAGUGACCUCGAUUUGAGUUGCCGACCAAGAGGAAAAUGAGAUUGCUCUUUAAUCGUCUGUAGCAUUUUUGUGUUGAUAUAUUUUAUUGAGUUUAUUUAUGUAUAUUUUUCGAUUUAUUUCUUGUUAUGUUUUUAUGCUAUCUUCUAUGUAACUUCUUAUAUUCUUUAAUAUCUUUUGUAUAUUAACACUUUUACUUUUUAAACUGUGUAUCUAGAUAUGUUUAACGUUUUCUCUUUUGAAUUUCUAUUAUUGUCCUGGGAUUAAGUAAAGUACCACUUAACCUUAUUUUAUUAAUUUGUUCUUCUUCUGCUUUAGAAGUAAGGCACCCGGUGAGGGUAAGCUCGGACGCAGCGCACCCCCCCCCCCACCCCCCAGCCAUUCAGGAUGCUCCAGCUUUGUCAGGUGACCAGGGCCUUACUCAUCAGCAACGCGCGCUCGGCCUGCAGCACCGAGCUCGUCCAGCAGGAGGCGGUGACGCUGUGCAUCAACGUGUCCAGGCAGCAGCCGUUCCCCGCGGCCGACCACGUGGCCAUGUUGCGCAUCCCGGUGUACGACGACCCCAACGAGGACCUCUACUGCCACUUCGACCGCUGCGCCGACGCCAUCCAGAGCGAGGCGGAGCAUGGCGGCCGCACCGUCGUCUACUGCAAGAACGGACGCAGUCGCUCUGCAACCGUGUGUGUGGCGUACCUCUUGAAGCACAGGAAGCUCUCGCUCGGUGACGCCCUGCAGAAAGUGAAGACAGCUCGCCACGUCAUCGACCCCAACCCCGGCUUCAUGGCCCAGCUGGAGCGAUACGAGCAGGAGCUCAGAACCAGGCGAGGGGGGGCAGAGUGAGGCUGGGCCGCUAGGAUCUCUAGCGCACACUGGCGCUGGUACCAUCGUGCUCAAGUUCAACUUUCAUCGUUCUCGCUUAUUUUUCCUUUGGGUUUUUGUUUUUUAUGUUCUUUCUUGGAACUCAACCGGCUCAACCAUCUGUUCAUGUUAAAAUGAUGUCUUGUACUUAGGUUUAUUUAAGCCUACCCUGGCACUUUUACUGACUGUUACUUUUUCUACCAUGGGACAAUACUGUUCUCAAGUGGUUAAACUACAACACCCACAAUUCCAUUCUUCAAUCAACGUAGCAACGGUGCCGACCGUGGGCUCGCUCUGUAGUGCUCCAGCCAUCGAGCAUGUAGCUUUAGUGGCUAGCACAUGGUCUUGUUCUAUUGGAUAGGUCUAUUUGCUUUCCGUCUCUGAGGCCUGAGGCACCACUUUUGUUGACCUUCUGCUCAAUUUGACAUUUUUGCUGUGUGAGCAGAACUGCUGCAGUAUCUGUUACAGAGUCUCCGCAGACACUGGAAACCUGACCGCAGACAAGUGCCGUUACGGAUCAGUCUCAACGGAUUCAGAGGCCUUAUGUUUUUUUUACCUUUCCUCCCAACUAUGAUUUUAAAUAUAUAUGACAAUUUCAAAUUCAAUCUUGCACAUUAACAUAACUGUGUAUAGCUGUGAGCUGUAGGCUAACCACAGGCUCCACAGUUCCCUCUCUUACCACUAGGUGGAGGCAGGAUGUCCUUAUCCAGAUCCUACUGUGCUCUGAUCAAAAUUCUGCAUGCAUUUAAUAACCGGCAAUCAUUUUGAGAAUCAAUGAAGGAAUUUCGUGCGCAUUUAGGCGCAUUUGUGUAGACAUUGGGAAACACUGGCUUGUUUGUGCCAGUAAAGGUCUCCCUCUUCCUCUGCGUCCAGAGGAGGUCUCCGUACCGGCUCAAACACUGGCUUGUUUGAGCCAAAGAGCGUCACGAACUGGCGCAGACUAAAAUGCCUCUGGACGCCGUUGGAUAGGCCCUUAAUCAAUCACAGCAACUAAAAAGCACCUUUCCUCUCAACUAAAUCUGCCGUCAUUUCCCCUUCUUUAAGCGAAAAUAUACCAUCAAGUCUCGAUUGCGUUAUCAACAAGCCGUUUUACAUCAGCGGCAGCCGUCUCGUGUUGGGCGGACAAUUUUUUUGUACGAGGGGAGAGCCAGACCUUAUCUGCAAAGCAAAUUAAACAUGAGCUUGCGAUAUUUUUCGGUUCCCAGGCUAGGUUGGGGCCAUAGACUAAAUGAAAUAGGUCAGCGUAAAAAAAUUAAAUAAUCAAAAUAAUAUAAAGUAAAUGUAGAAUAAUAACAGCGCCAUUUGCAAUAGUAGCUAAAUAAUACGCUGCAGAUGCGAUUCCCAUUUCAGGGAAUUAUAUAAAACUAGAAACAAGGAAAGGACAAGCAUUAAACAGCAGUAUAGAACGAUGCAAUUAAAAAACAAAAGGGCUAUGCUUAGACUAAAAGACAUUGUAUAAAAGUAAGUGGCUGAAAAGUUUCAGCUAAAAAUUACUAAAUAUAAUCUUACGUCUUUAGUGUGUUACUUUAUGUUUUUGUAAUUAUAAGCUGUUCACUUUAAGUAAUUCAGAAAAUGAGGCAAAAAUACAUUUUACGCAUAAGUCUUAAAGGCACCCACAAUAAUGAUAGCGUCAGGUGUACGGUCAUUCACAUUGUAGCUGCUACAGUAUUACCACAAGAUGUCUUUAACUCAAUGAUGUGUAGUAGAUCAGUAAGGUUUAAAAUAGUCCAAGGCUAUCAUUAAAGUUUUUUAAUCUAUAGCUAACACACACACAUAAAGACAAAAGCACAAGCACGCAAACACAUACACACACAAACACAGGCGCACACACACACACACAGACAGGCUCACAAACGUAUAAAUCACUGUAUUUUAGGAGUGUGCACACUCCUUUUGACAAACACAUGUGUUUGUUCUUCAGUCGUAUAGUUAGAGGCUAUGUCUGUGUUAGUAUAUCGACACAUUUUGAUUACAAAGAAGUAGUAUAUAAUUAGUUUCAGUAUUACUUGGUGAACUAAUUCGCUGUGUAUACAUUAGCGCUGUAUGUACUAACGAUAUCUCAGGUUUAACCUUCUCAUUGUGAGGUACUUCCAAAAUACUAGAAAAAACAGAGGGAAGAAAAACAGACUGAACAAAGUCAUAGAUAGAACUACGUGUUGUGGUUAAAUGUUAAAACAUUUAAAAAGACUAAGAACUUUAAAACAAGCAAAAAAAGUACAUCAAAACAUCCAACUACAGCAUCCAUACUUAUCAGGGAAGAUUAAUGUCUUAAGCUGUGUUGAAUUGCAUAGGAUAUUUGUGUAUACUUAAUCUAUGCUAGCCUAUUUUCACUGUGAGUCCAGUUAUAUUGAUCAAAGGUGGUUAAAUCCAGGGUUAAAAUGUGAAUGUUGUGAAGGCCUGUUUAACUGACCCGUGGAAUUCCCACCUUUGAUUUAGACCUGAACAUAUCUCCUGACUCAAGAGCCCAUACUUUGUACGACUUUGCCAAUACCAGCAUUAUGCUAGCAGUCAGCUAGCCAUUAGCUAGCAGUAAGCAAGCAGUAAGCUUAUAAUAAGCUAACAAUAAGCUAACAGUAAGCUUUGAAAAUGUCUAUUUCAAAUGUUCUACUACGCAAAUAAGCCAUUGCCAUUGUAGACACUGUGUAUUAAAACAUUUAAAUAAAGUAUUUGGAUGAUCACAACUUA